CGCUUCUGCGGCGGAGUCGGUUCCCUUUUCCCUGCGUUCACGACCAUGGGACGUAUAACAUUCCACAUUGCUACAUUUGUCUUGCUUCUCUCCUGUAUCGAUGUUUUCGGAAAGCCGGCUUUGAAUGAGGAAAAUAGAAACUUGUGCGAAUCGGAGGAUGAUAAAGCCGAGUGCAUUAAAGAAAUCGAGGAGGCAAAAGCGAGCCCUGUAGCUGAGGAAAAUCCAGAGGAAUCUGCCGAUAGCGAAGAAGAACCCAAAGAAGAAGAGAAAAUGGUUCCAGAGGAAGAUCAUUUAGUGAUGCUAGAAAGAGUCCGCAAGGAAUCUGAAGAAAAUAGAAAAUUUUGGCAGGAAGAAGUGUUAGCCAUGAACAAAUGGAGAAGGCACUGGCUCAGCUAAGAAAAACAACGUAGAAAAAAA